AUAGAAGCAGUAGUGCACAAGCCAAUUCCUUGUGACCUUGUAAAAGUUCUUGGUGUUGAGCCUCAGAUUUACUCCAAAGCUGAGACUUUCACCCAAGCAUUCCUGAAGAAUAAUGCUCACCUAAAUGAUACAAAAAGUGUGCUGAGUCAUAAAGCGGUGAUCUUGGAGUACUCCAGGCCAAAGAAAAAGACGUCCACUAAAAUGAAAGCCAAAGGAAUGAAUGCUCAGCAGAAAAGGGAAAUGAAGAUCUUCCACGUAAAAAGUGAACACCAGAGGUAUGAGCUUUUCUUACCAUUGCACGAACUCUGGAAACAAUAUAUUAUUCAUCUCUGCAAUGGACUAAAUCCAACAAGCAGUCCUCAGUCUGUGCAGAAGAAACUAGUGAAGGCGGACUUUCAUGGUGCCAUCAUCAUAGUGGUUCGGUCCAAAUGUCCUUCGUACGUAGGCACUACCGGAAUUGUGAUUCAGGAGUUCAAACAUGUGUUCAAAAUCAUGACAAAACAAGACAGAGUUAAAGUAAUUCCAAAGAGGAACAGCGUAUUUGAAGUGGAGAUAAAUGGCUUCAGCUCUUACAUCUACGGAAACAAGUUUGAGUAUCGAGCCAGCGAACGCUCAGCAAAGAAGUUCAAAAUCAGUGGAAGCAUUGACCUAUGA